AUGGUGUAUAUUUCGAAACACCAACUGACCGUGGCGCUCCUAGCGUCCGCGGCCACCGCAUCUGCUUACCGUGAGUUCCUCAAGUCUGCACUUCGGCCCCACCAUCGAGUGGUGCUGGUGCGACGUCCAUGAAGACGAUCGCAGCGACGAGCGAUUCCGAGUUGAUGCUGCGGUAUUUGGCUGCAACACUGGUGGUCUUUCGACCAUUCCAUCAGCUUGUAGCUGUCACCCAGGGGCUUCGGGCUUGUCACUCUCUGCGGCUGCACCAUUGCUGCGAUGGGCGAUUCGGUCGGAGCAGCCGAUUCGAGCUCCCGCUCGCACUCCGCGCUCAGAAUGUCGUCACACCCCAGAAAACCCUGGCGGCCAUGAUCGCUCCCCCUCGGAGUUUCGUCGACUCAUGCUUCUUUUUGUCUUUUCUUUUCUUACCAUUUUCGGAUUGCAGAACGGGACAUCUCCGAUUGGGGACAAUCCGACAUCAAGAAGUACCUGCAAGACCACAAUGUGCCCAACGUCGCCAACUUGAACGUCGAGCAAUUGCGCGAGCUCGCUCAGACCCACUACGAGGCUUCGGCCAAGGGCGUCCAACACCACUUCAACAAUGCGGCUGGAGCCGUGUACUCGACCUGGUCCGACUCGGACCUGCGUGCUUUCCUGCUUAAGAAGGGCAUCGUCUCGCCGCAGUCCAAGCGUGAAGAGUUGCUCGUCCUCGCUAAGCAGUACGGCGCCGAUGCGCAGCAGGGCGCCGACAACGUCGCCAGUUCCAUCUCGAGUGCCGCUGGCUCGACCUACACCGCUGCUUCCAAAGCUGGCCAAGCGGCCUUCGAGGCCGCGGCCAACGCUCCUUCGGUGGCAUACGACACCGCGGCGUCCGCUCUUCAAGGUAAGUUCUGCUCUCCCAUCGGCUUCGGAUUUGAACUCGUCUUCGGAACAAGAGCCGUAGCUCACGUCUGAAUUCUACUGCCCACCCAUAGAUUCGUCUGACUACAUCUACAGCACCUGGUCGGACUCUGACCUCAAGGCGUGGUUGGUCGAACACAACUUAAUCAAGUCCGAUGCCAAGACGAGGCGUGACGAGAUGCUCGACAUAAUUCGCAAGCCGUACAACGACGCUGCCACCAACGUUUACGACACGUGGAGCGAUCGUUACCUGGUGAGUUGCUUCUUUCUUUAAAGACGUGUCUUGAAUUGCAAUCCCACUGACACAAGCUUAUGUUGUCGCGCCACAGCAAAAAUGGCUCGAAAACCACAACGUCAUUGACUCGCCUGCCAAGAAGACUCGCCAAGACUUACUCGACUCGGUCGGCAAGUACUACUACGAUGCUCGCGACACAACCUACACUUCAUGGUCGGACAACGCCGUGCGACGCUGGCUCGAAUCGCGUGGCGUGAUCAAGCCGCAGGAGCAGAAGAAGGCCGAGGAGUUGCGCGACCUGAUCUCGGACAACUAUUAUUCGCUUCGGGACCGCGCCUACCAGUCCUGGGACGACUCGGCCCUGCAGCAAUGGCUCGUUGACCAUGGCAUUGUCGAGCCCCCUACCCAACGCGCUGCAUUGCUCAAGCAGGUCAAGGACAUGUACUACUCGACCGAGGAGGCGGCUUGGUCCCUCUGGUCCGACGCUCAACAGCGUGCUUGGCUCGUCAAGGAGAACGUCGUCAAGGCCCCUGAAGCGGCGAACCUCAAGCGACACGAGCUCGAGGACCUCAUCGCCAAGAACUGGCACAAGGCCGGCGACGUCCUCACCUCUGCGUGGAGCGAAAGUGACAUGAAGCACUGGUUGGUCGAGCACGGUGCCAUCAAGAGUGAUGCGCAAGUUCAGAAAGAUGAGGUAUGUCGCAGCACGUCAUCUUUCCCCAUUCCAUCGUGUGAGAGCGCGCUGACAAGACGGUGUCGUUCUAACCAUCAGGUCACGAGCCUUUUCACCAAACACUACUCUAAGGUCGCAGACAAGUCGGCGGCCUAUAUCUCGUGGAGUGACAACCGCAUCCGCGGAUGGCUCCGACAACAUGGCGUCCCCAUCAAGCUGGGCAACUCGCGCGAAGAGCUCUUGCAGCAAAUGCGUGAACAUUGUGAGUAGCACUUCUCGCGGGAUGGUCAGUCGGACAAAUAUCGUACUGACCUGUAUCGACACACCUCAGAUAUUUCAACGCAAGGUGGCAUCGGUUCGUGGGUCAGUGGAGCUGCUGGCGCCGUCGAGGGUGCGCUCGGCAACGUCGUUGACAUGCUCAAGGGCGUAGUCGGUGUCGCUCCUUCGUACGGCGAGGAGGCCCGUCUCAAGGCCAAGUACGCCGACUCGCAAGCACAACAGAUCUACGGCACUGCUAGCAAUUCCGGUACUUCCAUCCUCGCACAAGUCACCGACAGCAUCUCGUCUGCGGCGUCGCGAGCCACCGCAGUUGCCUCUAACGCUUACGUCGAUGCCUCGAAGUCUUUGGCAAGUGGAUGGAGCGUUGCGGGUGCAUCACUUUCCUCGGCUGCCUCGGUGGCUUCGGCUUCAGCCUCUUCUGCAUCGUCCGUCGCGAGCAAGUCGGCGUCGGCGAGCGCCCACGCUGCCGGUCUGGCCCCCUCUCAAGCUUACGCCGCCGCCACCUCGGCCGGCAACCAGGCCGCGUCGUCCGCCUCGUCUUUGGCGUCGGGUGCUUCCGCCAGUCUUUCGUCGUACCUUGCCGACACAUCCGCCUCAGCGUCUUCGCUCGCUGCCCAAGCCAGUUCGAGUCUCAACUCCGCCUACUCUCAAGCCAGCAGGAGCGCUGCCUCAGCCGCCGAUGCCGCUAGCAAAAGCGUGUCCAAGAGCGCUUCGUCCGCUGGCUUGAAGCCUACCCAGAUCUACGAGGCGGCCUCCAAGACCGCCGCUUCCGCCGCUUCUUCGGCCAGCUCGGCCGCCAGCGUCGCUUCCGCUUCCAUGAGCUCCUACGUUUCGGAGCAGUCCGCUUCCGCUAGUAGCGCCGCCGUUCGAGCCUCUUCGUCGUUCGCCUCUGUUCUCUCGAGUGCCAGCGCGAGUGCCGAAUCGGCUUCGUCCGUCGCGUCUGCUUCGAUCUCUUCGGAACUGUCCCGACAAGGAGUUGACCCGUCCUCGAUCUCGAAGAGCGCGAGCUCCGCGGGCAGCGUAGCGCAGAAGAGCGCUUCGGGUGCUCUCGCCAGUGCCACCUCAAGUUACUCGUCGUGGUCGUCCUCGGCUGCGGCUUCGGCUUCCUCCGCGGCAAGCGUCGCUUCGGCUUCGUACGCUUCGCAGGCAUCUGAUCUCUCCAAGUCGGCCAACACAGCGUCUUCGUCGGCUAGCAAGAGUGUCAGCUCGGCCAUGCACGCCGCUGGCUACGAUCCGUCCACCAUCUCCAAGUCCGCCUCUUCGGCCGGUUCGGUUGCCGAGAAGUCCGCUUCAAGUCUCGCUUCUUCGGCUUCAUCGGCGCUGAGCUCGUACCACAGCCAGGCAAGCAAGUCGGCCAUCGCCGCGUCCAAGACGAUGUCGUCUAUUUACUCGGUCGCUUCGGCCUCGGCCAAGAGCGCUGCAUCGGUGGCAAGCUCGUCCGCCUACAAGGUCGCUACCAAGGCCGGUGUUGACACUAAGGCCGCUGCGUCGACCGCCAGCGCGGUCAGCAAGUCGAUCUCUUCGGCCGCAUCAGUCGCCAGCAAGAGCGCCAGCUCGGCACUCUCCCAGGCAAGCAAGGUAGCUCACCAAGAACUUUGA